CAAAGUUACCCUCGCAAAACAUUGAAUUAGAGUACUGUAAGUGCAAAGACGAGUCGUUGAAAUUAUUAUUCCACAUGGAAUGUAUGAAGUUCGAAAACAAACUCGCUGCUGUUUUCUGUGCUUUUUGCUUUAUUUUUAUCGUCUGGCAACUUCAGACUGCAGACUGCCGUUCCUUCAGUGUCGAUUAUGAGAAGGACUGCUUCUUGAAAGAUGGAAAGCCAUUUCAGUAUGUUUCGGGCAGUAUUCAUUACUCAAGAGUUCCACGUUUCUACUGGCAGGAUAGACUCAAGAAGAUGUACAUGACAGGACUGAACAGUAUUCAGACAUAUGUACCCUGGAACUUUCAUGAGCCAAUUCAAGGCAUAUACAACUUCAAAGGAGAUCGGGAUCUGGAGCAUUUUUUAGACCUUGCCAACCAGACAGGCCUUCUGGUCAUUCUACGGCCUGGGCCUUACAUCUGUGCUGAGUGGGAGAUGGGAGGACUUCCAUCAUGGCUUCUCCAAAAGCCAAACAUAGUCCUACGCUCAACUGACCCAGAUUAUCUACAGGCUGUUGAUAAUUGGUUGAAUGUGCUUCUUCCUAAGAUAAGACGGUGGCUUUACAGCAAUGGAGGAAACAUCAUCAGUGUGCAGGUAGAAAAUGAAUAUGGAAGUUACUUUGCUUGUGAUUAUAACUACCUCCGCCAUCUGAAAGUGAUGUUCCAGUAUUUCCUGGGAGAAUCAACUGUCCUUUUUACCACUGAUGGAAACACAGACUGGGAGAUGACUUGUGGGACUCUGCAAGGAUUACAUGCUACUAUUGACUUUGGAACAGACACAAAUAUAACAGAAGCAUUCAUGAGGCAACGGAAAUUUCAGCCUAAUGGUCCUUUGGUUAACUCAGAAUUUUACACCGGAUGGUUGGAUCACUGGGGUGAUGUCCAUGCCUUUGUGAAAUCAGAGAACAUCACCAGUAUGUUGAUGGAAAUGUUUGCCCUUGGAGUUAAUGUUAAUAUGUAUAUGUUUGAAGGCGGGACAAAUUUUGGCUAUUGGAAUGGUGCAGAAUUUAAUGAACGGUAUCUUCCCGUAGUAACGAGCUAUGACUAUGAUGCGCCUCUCUCUGAAGCUGGUGAUCCUACUGAAAAACUAUUUGCCAUUAAAAGUGUCAUCAGUAAGUUCUUUUCAGUACCAGCAGGACCAAUGCCUCCCCCAACUCAAAAGUAUGCUUACGGGUACGUCUCCUUGAAAAAGGUUUCUUGCAUUACUGAACUGUUAGAUGACCUAUGUCCACAAGGGCCUGUUCACUCUUAUUACCCCAUAACCUUUGAAGAGAUGAAACAGUCUUAUGGCUACAUGCUGUAUCGUACAAAGCUACCCAAGGCAUUUCAAAGUCCAACUCCCCUUAUUUCGCCACUGAAUGGUAUUCAUGACCGUGGAUACGUUCUUAUCAAUGGGUUGUAUCAAGGUGUGAUGGAAAGAGAUACUACACUAGUGCUUAAUGUAACUGGACAAGAAGGAGAUUACCUUGAUAUCCUUAUGGAAAACAUGGGCCGAAUCAACUUUGGGAGCAACAUCAAUGAGCGCAAGGGUCUGGUUAGCAAUCUGUACCUUGGAAAUUAUAUACUUACAGACUGGCUAAUAUAUGCUCUCAGCUUUGAUGAAGCAGUAUCCAGCGGUUUGUUGCAAGCAGAAAUGAGACAUUACCAUUCCACAGUUAGAAGAAUAGAGAACUUAAAAGGCCCCACAGUGUACAAGGGAACUUUGGAAAUACAGAAUGUAGCUUGGGACACUUUCUUGAACCUAAAAAGAUGGACCAAGGGUCAGGUAUGGAUCAAUGGAAUUAACCUAGGAAGAUAUUGGUCUACGAAAGGCCCCCAACAGACUCUGUUUGUUCCAGGACCCAUACUUAGCACAUCUGUGCCAAACAACAUUACAGUCCUGGAACUGGAAGAAGCUUCUUCUACAAAACAAAUUCUGUUCAUGAACAGACCCCAGCUCAAUAAUACUGUAAUGAGAGGAGAACACUAAUUGGUUUUUAUGGUAAUGAAACCAAAUAUCAUGUAAAUUCAUUGAAUGUGUGUAGAUAACAUAUAAUUACAAUUUUAAUUAAAUUGUGAAUUUUGAUUUUUGUCUUGGCCAGAAACUUUACUCUAAUAAAGUAGAAAUAGGGAAUGAUUUUUUUUAACUUUUACAAAAUGUAUGCCUACAUAAGAUUGUCAGGAUUUAAAAAUGUAACAUCUUUUUAAAUAUGAGGGCUGAUUGAAAAGCAAUGAGACUGAUAUUUUUAUUCAGACUUGGACAGGUUUGGAACAUUUUUUGUUUUCAAAGUAGAAUCAUCCAUCCAUCCAUCCAUCCAUUUUCCAACCCGCUGAAUCCGAACAAAGGGUCACAGGGGUCUGCUGGAGCCAAUCCCAGCCAACACAGGGCACAAGGCAGGAAACAAUCCCGGGCAGGGUGCCAACCCACCGCAGAAGUAGAAUCAUUCACAUUAAAUAUAUUUUUUACAACAUUUCAAAAACCAUUCAACAUUUCAAACCAAUAACAGACUGUUUUGCAACAUCAAUAUUAGCAAUGCUGCUGCAGCAUUUUUCAACUGAGAAUUUAUUUCCACGUAGUUGUUUUUUCAUUUUUUUUUUUUUUAUAAGUUGUUGUUUCAUUACUGCUCUUCCCAAACUUAAUGCAAUAUUCAAUCACUCACCUCUUCUGUAAACUCACAGGAACGUUUUCAUCCACCAUGAUAACACAUACGAGGUGUUGCCACUUGCUGUGACAGAACACUUAAAAAUACGCUGGUCCAACUGCAAGUUCACAAACACAUACACCUCCAUGAAAGCAAAACAAAGACAGUCUCAUUACUUUUCAGUCAGCCCUUGUAUGAAACACAAGUUUUUAAUGUCUUUAAAAUUUCAAAACAUUUGCAUUGUCUUGAUGUGAGCACAGUUUCCUAUUCUUCAAUUUAUGCAGUUGCAAUACCUCAUACCCACACAUUGUCACCUUUCAGCUAUUUUCUAAAUGGGCACUUUCUUCCUGUCAGGCUCACAAUCUGAAGGCUUAUGUAUAACCAAUAAUACUCUCUCACAACAACAGCCCCUCUAGUUUUUACACAUUUCAGUGAGAAAAAUAUCCUUUUGAAUUUGGCUGGCAGUCACUUGCAAUGCAUAUGUGGAUUACUUUUGUUUAACACUUCAAGUUAUGUUGCUAAACUGUUGCUUUGUAUGUUUUUGUAAUUGCAAGCAACAAAUUACAGACAGAGUGCUGUGGUGUAAGAAAAGCAUCUGGUAUGUUUGUUAUUGUGGGGAAAAUAAUUACCUCUGUCUUCGAAGAAGGCAGUCACAGGGCCCAGAUGAGAAUGCAGAAUGUUUAUUUGCACAGAUUAUCCACAAAUGUCUCAGUCCAUGGUGUGAGCAAUCAAUUAAACAAUUCAUUUGCUUUUGUACUUUUCUGUUAUCUUUACCUCAUCUAAUAUAUCAUGGCACCUGAAACUUAGUAUGAAUAAUAUGUAGAACUUUAUUAUUUCAUUCAAUCAGCUUGUGCCACCAGUAUUUUAUGACUCCUGUUGACUCUCCCAUUAAUGUGAAUGUCACCUCUUUAAUAGGGGUGUUUUGCGGAUUGAUUUAGCACUGCUUCAUAGGCGGGGUGUUUGGGCUAUCCCAUUAAUUUAUCCUCACUUUCUAGAGGGGUGUGCAUUACUCAUUUACCUCAUUCUGACCUUGGAAAAUAAAGUUGGUGGUUUCCCUUAGAUGAGGCAGACUUACAGGUAUAUACUCAAGUCUUGUAAAGAAUUAUUAAUUAUUAUUAUUAUUAUUAAGCCAUGUUUAGUUAGUCCUUUAGUUAUCUUCUGUCCUUUUCUCUACGUUUUAAUAAUUCAUUGUUACAAGUAUAUACUUAAAUGAAGUUGUAAUAAUUUGUAAAAGACUGUAAAUUAACUAAAAUUCCAAUACUGUCCGUAAGCAAGAACUUUGUUUGUAUUCUAUAUUUAAUAAUGUAUGUGAAGAUGUUCAGUCAAUAAACAAAAUUGUAGCAGUACCCACUCAAGGUGUGUUGCAUUUCAGGUGAUGUCAAAUUAUUCUAUUUUACAGACAGCAAAAAUGAGACAUACUCAGUUUUACUUUAUUUUGACAAAUCAUUCAUCCUGAAAAUUCUAGUCAGUUUUUGCAUGUCAGGUAUCAGGAAAUACACAGCCUUAAUGAACCAGUAGCAA